AGGCCGCUCUCCGCCCCGCUCACUGGUCCAGUCGCCACAGUGCGCAGGCGUGGAGGUCGCUCCUUGUCGCUGCGCGCCGCGUGUGGGCUUGUGGCUCUGUGGCACCUCGUCUCGGGCACCAUGAGCGGCUUCAGCAGCGAGGAGCGCGCCGCGCCCUUCACCCUGGAGUACCGAGUCUUCCUCAAAAAUGAAAAAGGACAAUAUAUAUCUCCAUUUCAUGAUGUUCCAAUUUAUGCUGAUAAGGAUGUGUUCCACAUGGUGGUUGAAGUACCACGCUGGUCUAAUGCAAAAAUGGAGAUUGCUACAAAGGACCCUUUAAACCCAAUUAAACAAGAUGUGAAGAAAGGAAAACUCCGUUACGUUGCGAAUUUGUUCCCUUAUAAAGGAUAUAUCUGGAACUAUGGUGCCAUCCCUCAGACUUGGGAAGACCCAGGACACAAUGACAAACACACUGGCUGUUGUGGUGACAAUGACCCAAUUGAUGUGUGUGAAAUUGGAAGCAAGGUAUGUGCAAGAGGUGAAAUAAUCACAGUGAAAGUUCUGGGCAUCUUGGCUAUGAUUGAUGAAGGGGAAACCGACUGGAAAGUCAUUGCUAUUAAUGUGGAUGAUCCUGACGCAGCCAAUUAUAACGAUAUUAAUGAUGUCAAGCGGCUGAAACCUGGUUACCUGGAAGCUACUGUGGACUGGUUUAGAAGGUACAAGGUUCCUGAUGGAAAACCAGAGAACCAGUUUGCUUUCAAUGCAGAAUUUAAAGAUAAGGACUUUGCAAUUGAUAUUAUUAAAAGCACCCAUGACUAUUGGAGAGCACUGGUGACGAAGAAAAUCGAUGGCAAAGGAAUCAGUUGCGUGAACACCACAGUGUCUGAGAGCCCCUUUAAGUGUGGUCCUGAUGCUGCCAAAGCCAUCGUGGAUGCUUUACCACCACCAUGUGAAUCUGCCUGCACAGUACCAACAGAUGUGGAUAAGUGGUUCCAUCACCAGAAAAACUAAGGAAAUUUCUCUGGAAUACAGGCUUACGUUACUGCAUCCUAUUCAUCUGGAAAGUAUUAGAUGCAAAAGUAGUAGCUUUUCAAAGCUUUAAAUUUAUGGAACUCAUCUAAUUAAAGCAUAUUCUGCUGUGACCAAUCCAAUAUAUUCAACAAAUAUUCCAAUAAUAUAUGUUAUCCACUUAAAAGCAUUUUUCAUAUCUCAACUAAGAUAACUUUUAGGAUAUGCGUAAAUAUUAAAGCAGUUGUUAUAAUUUGGAAGUCAUUUGUGAAUAAACGUGCAAGAUAAGUGGAUAUUGGAUGUAUAUGUUUACCGUGUGUUAGGAAAUAAAAUUAUUUUGCUGAAACUU